AUGAUCGCGUUGGGCACGGAGCUCCACACCCAGGCCUACUUCGAGUACGACGCGAAGAAAAGUGGAGGUGUCACCAUCAGCCACUUGCGCUUCGGCCCCAAGCCCAUCCAUGCCCCGUACAACGUCCGCUCCGCCGAUUACAUGGCCAUCCACAAGCAGAGCUACGUGCAGCAGUAUGACGUGACGAGAUACCUGAAGCCGAAUGCGGUCUGCGUCGUCAACUGCUCCUGGGGCGAGAGUGAACUGGAAGCGCAGCUGCCGGCUAAGAUGCGCAAGGACCUCGCCACCAAGCAGGCCAAGCUCUUCAUCAUCGACGCCACGAAGAUCGCUGGCCUGGGCAAGCGGAUCAACAUGAUCAUGCAGACCGUCUUCUUCAAGCUCAGCGCUGUCAUGCCCUACGAAGAGGCCGUGGAGAUGCUGAAGAAGAGCAUCAAGAAGAUGUAUGGCAAGAAGGGCGACAAGGUGGUGAACAUGAACAUCGCAGGCGUGGAUGCAGCCAUUGAGGGCAUCAUCGCGGUGAAGAUCCCGGCCUCGUGGGCGGACCUGUCAGCCGGCGAAGAGGCCGCCAGCGGCGCGGCCCGGCAUGUGGCCUACGGCAAGGGCCCGCGGAUGUUCCCAGAGGUGCAGGACGCCGAUCAGUUUGCAAAGCAAGUCCAGGCCCCUUGCAACAACCUGGACGGCAACGCGCUGCCUGUGAGUGCCUUCGUGCCGGGCGGCCGCGUGCCGUGCGGCACCAGCCAGUACGAGAAGCGCGGGAUCGCGAUCAACGCUCCAGCUGCAUUCAAGGACGGAAGCCGCGCUGCCAUUGGAGGUGGAGUGCUGGACAACUACCAGUAUCGCGUCCAGGUCUCCCCAUGGGACUGCACGGGUUGCGAGCUCUGCGUCCGCAUUUGCCCGGCCGACGCCUUGUCCCUGAAGCCAGCUGCAGAGAUGAUUCAGCAGGAGGAGCCGAACUGGAACUUUGCAAUCACUCUGCCAGACCGCGGCGAGGAAAUUGACAAGACCACGGUCAAGGGAUCACAAUUUCAGAAACCCUAUUUAGAAUUUUCCGGCGCUUGCGAGGGCUGCGGCGAGACACCUCAUGUGAAGUUGAUGACGUUCGGGGACAGGCUCGUCAUCGCCAACGCGACGGGCUGCUCUUCCAUCUGGGGCGGCUCCAAUCCAUCCUUCCCAUACACGGUGAACUCCAAGGGUGAGGGCCCGGCGUGGGCCAACUCCCUCUUCGAAGACAAUGCGGAGUUCGGCUUUGGCAUGCGCAAGGCAAGGGUGGAAGAUGUUGGAAGACAUAGCAUAGCAUAG